UUGAAAGCUCCCCUUAUAUCGAAUGUUGCGAUAACAAUUAUCGCAUCGCGCCGUUAAGUGUUAAGUACCGAUGGGUGUUGAUCUAUUUGAGAGAUAAAAGAGUGAUAGCUGUUAUUUGAGUUAUUUCUGUUUCUCCAUAUCGUCCAACGAUAAAAUGUACACUGUCAUCUAAUAACACUGCUUCUGAAACGUCGCGUUCAUACACAAUCCACACGUAUGGAAUUUAAUAUAUGGAACAAAUAAGAGAGUUACCCCAAAUGCAAUCUCACUCUCUGGAAGGUUUCAUUCCCCUUCUCAGUCUUACUGAGGGAUGUGGCGCACUUCUUAUAAUCUUGAUGGCUGUGUGGACAGGAUAUUAUAGACAAGGUUUCUCAUGGAGAUCUAAUCCGAAACUCGAAUUUAACUGGCAUCCUCUAUUAAUGACUAUAGGGCUCGUAUUUUUAUAUGCCAAUGCCAUGCUUCUCUAUAGAACGCAAAGAAAUGUUCGCAAGCGGCGACUAAAGUUAACUCAUGCAGGAAUGAUGUUAUUUAUUAUAUUGUUAGUGGUGAUCGCUUUAGUAGCCGUCUUCGAUAGUCACAAUCUUGCUCCGACUCCUAUACCAAAUAUGUAUUCCCUACAUAGUUGGGUUGGAUUGACUACCGUAAUAUUAUUCUGCUGUCAGUGGGUCGCUGGAUGUGUUUCCUUCCUUUAUCCCGGAUUGCAAACUCCAUUACGGGCUUCUUAUAUGCCAUUGCACGUAUUUUUUGGCGUUGCAGCCUUUGUGGGCGCAAUUGCUUCGUGCUUGUUGGGACUUAACGAGAAAGCGCUCCUUGUAUUACAAGAUAAAUAUCCAACUUUCGUCAGUGAAGGAAUACUGAUAAACUUUAUAGGAUUGCUGCUCGUAUUGUUUGGAGGCUUAUCUGUAUAUUUAGUAACGCAGGAACGUUAUCGGCGUUUGUCGAGAUCUGAGGAUGAAGUCUUGUUAUCCGGCUAAUAUACGAAUUAUAAUGUGUUGCCAGAUUUGUUCAUUGAUAUAAAUAACCGGAUGGUUACUAUUCCAAACUUAAUAAGUAUUUACUACAAAUUUCUUGUGAGUCUUAUAUUAAUUUCAUAAAUAAGGUUGAUUCAAUUGAUUGAAGCACAUACACACAAAAAAAAGAAACAAUGGCCGUGUUUAUAUCAGAUAAAGCUGUCAGCCGUUUUACUGAUUGAUUGGGCUGUUGACAAAAAUUCUCAAUGUUUUUAAGAAUUUUUCAGGAAUAUUUAAAGAUCG